AUGCCCAGCCUCGCCGAUUCAUCGCCGCCGGAGGCCGUAGUCAGCAAGACAUCCUCGUCGGUGGCCGUCCACACCGGCGAGCACCUGUUCACCAUCUUCCGCCACUCCCGGAUCAAAGGCAGCAACACAUGCCUCACGUCCAAGCGCUUCCGCGUCGGCGGUCACGACUGGGUUAUCGACUACUACCCGAACGGCGACUCCAGGAUUGCUGACGGGCAGUUCACGUCGGUCUUCCUCAUGCUGAUGACCGCCUGCCAGUGCGAGGUCAAGCUGUCCUAUACCUUCUGCCUCCACGACCCCGCGGCACCCCUGACCGGGGAGAAGCACAAAUUCGGCCACACCAUCAAGUUUUCGUCCGAGGGCGACAGUUCUGGUACACACAAGUUUGUGAGCAAAGCUGAUCUAGCCGCGUCUGGUUGCAUCAAGGAUGACUGCCUAGUGAUCAAGUGCACCAUCGAUGUUAUUGACGACAGUGACGACAGUUCUUUAAUCGUGCCGCCCUCCGAGCUAAGCAAAGAUCUCCACAACCUUCUACAAAGAGGCUUCAGGGCAGACCUGACUGUCGUGGUUGGCAAGUACUACAAGAGUUUUAAGGUGCAUGGGUGCAUCCUCGCGGCCCGGUCACCCGUGUUCCAAGCCCAGCUGUGUGGCUCCAUGAUGGAGAGCACAGAAAGCAGCAUCCACAUCGAGGGCAUGAGUGCUAAGGCUUUCGAGGUCUUGUUGUAUUACAUGUACAAUGACAGCCUGCCUGGGUUCAUGGAUGAGUCCACGAAAGAGGCUACGAACAUGGCGACACAUCUGCUCGUUGCGGCUGACAGGUAUGCCAUGGAGAGGCUGAAGCUGAUGUGCGAGUGCAAGCUGAGCAAAGUUGUAGCCAUGAACACAGUAGGUUCCAUCUUGAAUCUUGCGGAGCAAUACAGUUGCCAUCAGCUCAAGGCCCGUUGUCUCAAGUACGUUGGGAAAAACAGCGGGAGGUUGCAAGCCAUUGAAGACGCAGGAGGGUUUGUGCAACUAAAGCACAACCACCCACUCCUUGCGCGUGAUAUUCUCGGCAAACCCGGGUGUAAGAAGAACAAGAACAAGAAAAAGAAAAAGAAGGGAGGCAAGGCGCGGAACAAAUAA